GGUACGCGCCGUUUUCCCGUGCGCACUGCGCUCGUGUACGCGCCCUCGCGUGCACGCCCCGCGUCUCGCCGUCCCGUUAUUCCCGGGUCUCCGCGAGCGGCAGUGCCGACCCUGCGGUCCGACAUGUCCCAGCUGCCCGCAGUCAGCAGCGCCCAGCAGACGGACGCAGCGAGCGGUGACCGCGGGCUCCCGCAGGCCGAGGUAGGCGGCGGGCGGCGUGCGCUCCCGGGCCCGGCGCGACCGGAGGAGAUCCGGGGAGGCCCGAUGACAGCGGCCCGGGAAGGCCCCGCAGCCCCGGGAGCGGCGGCCAGGGGAGGCCGGGUGGCUGCAGCCCGAGAAGGCCGGGCGGCGGAGGCCCGGGGAGCCCCCGCGGCGGCGGCCCGUGGUGGCGCGGCGGCCCGCGAAGGCCCGAUGGCGCCGGCGUCCAGGGAAGCCCGGAUGGCGGAGGUGGCCCGGCUGCUGGGCGAGCCGCUGGAGGAGGAGGCGCCCGAGGGCAGGCCCCGGUCCAGGGCGGGCGGCUUGGCGGCGAUGCCGUACCUGCGCCUCCGCCACCCCCUCAGCGUCUUGGGCAUCAAUUACCAGCAGUUCCUGCGCCACUACCUGGAGAACUACCCGAUCGCCCCGGGCCGGAUCCAGGAGCUGGAGGAGCGCCGGCGGCGCUUCGUGGAGGCCUGCAGAGCCCGGGAGGCAGCCUUCGACAUAGAGUACCUGCGCAACCCUCAGAGGGUGGAUUUUGACAUUUUAACGUUUACCAUAGCCCUGACUGCGUCGGAGGUGAUCAAUCCUCUCAUAGAAGAACUGGGUUGUGAUAAGUUCAUCCAUAGAGAGUGAGGAGGCAGGCGAGGGUGGGCACGGCAUCAGGAAGACUCGGCAUCCAAGACAAACCCCAUCCUACAACUUGGUUUUCAGAAGUCAAAAGGAUCUUGAGAAUAGUCAGCGUGCAUCGUUGGAGGGAGGAAAAAGGCGUCAGAAAUUUGGGGGGGGGAGGAAAUGUCCAAAGCAUCCUUAGACUCCUGUGACGUUUCUUGAGUUUAUAAUUGGUUGAGCGUUCUUGUGUUAGGGAAAACAUCCAUCCAUGUGGCUUCGUUAAUGAGCAAAGGAUGGUUUUGUAAAAUUUUGAGACUUAAAGAAAAUUGCCAGUAAAAGAGCCCACGAUGAAGAAAGAUCAGCGUGAGAGUUUAAACUGGUUUCAGGACCAAGUACUUGACCUUUGUGAGCACUCCUCUCAUGUCCGAGUCAAUGAGACUGAAGAGUUAAGACUCAUUUUGUGUUUCUGAGACAUAAAUAUUGUAUAUAGUAUGUGAUAAGUAGUGUUUUCAAACAUAUCAAAUUUCUGGAAUUUGGAUUCCAUUUUCCAAACGUUUUUCUUGUUUUUUUUUUUUGUAAGUCAUCUAUUCAUAAGCACCAAGAAUAUGAA